AUGGCGGCUGCAUUGGUUGAUUGGAAAUGCCCCAGAUGCAGAGAUAUUUGUAAUUGCAGUAACUGCAUGAAGAAGCGAGGUUGUCGCCCUACAGGGAUCCUUUCCCAUACUGCAAAGGCAAAUGGGUUUUCUUCUGUUUCUGAAAUGUUGGAUUUGAGGGACUCUGGAACCGAAAAACAUGAGAGUGCCUCAACGAAAAAAUGGGCUGCCACAAAUGAGGCAUCUGGGGUGGUUUUGGAAAAUAAACACAGAAAGGAAAAUGGUGUUGACAGCAGAAGUGAUUCAAAAUUGAAGCCUAAGCCUUUGAAAUUUGGAGGUGAUGUUGAGAAAAAUGAAAAAUUCAUGACAAAGAAUGAAAGAAAGAUAGACGGUACAGUGAAGAACCCUGAAAAGACUGUGAAAGAUACUGAUGCCUCGUCAAAAGAAUCAAUUGCCUUAGACAAGCAGCCUCCAGUAGCUCCAAGAAGAAGAUGCAUAAAAGAAAAUGGCUCAGAUAGCAUAAUGGAAUCUAAAACUCAAGCCAAUCCGUUAGAAAUAAACGGCAAUGAGAGGAAACCUAAGAAUCCCAAUAUCAAAAAAGUCAGAAAGGCUGAAGUACUUGAUAAUUCGUUGGAGGACAACAGAAGUACUGCUAAGAAGCACUGGAUUUCCGAGGAAGUUUCGAAGAAAAAAGAGAAAUCAUACAAAAGGGUUAAUGGUGGUGGAAGAUUAAUUAGGGUGAACUCUGAAGUACCGGUGCUGAAUAAAAUUUCUAGGGGGUGUUUGAUCAAGAGAGAGGAUGAUGAGACUGAAGUUCCUGGUAAAGUUAAUGUCAAAAAUGUCACAAACGGUGAGGCCAAAUGUAAGCCAGUGAAUGAAUUUCACCAUUACAACAAGAAUCCCAUGGAAGUCCAGGGCAAAAGUUCCAUUGUUGAGAUUCAACUGCCUCAAGGAAUUGAAUUAACUAAUGUAGCUAAUGUUGGCAUAACUGCUGAGGAUAUCGGGCAUGCUUUGCAGUUCCUUGAAUUUUGCGAAGCUUUUGGUCAGGUGUUCGGUCUAAAGAAAGGGCAUCCGGAUUUGUUUCUUCAAGAAAUAGCAUGUGGCCAAAGUUCAUGUCGAAAACACAAUCCAUCAGUUGUUCAGUUUCAUAUCAAAUUGCUUUCUAUGAUACAAGAGGAUUCAGGGAAAGAAUGUACCUCCUUGAAAACUAGAGGCAGAAAUUCAUGGGUGGAAUCUCUUUGUAAGUGCAUUUCUGAAUCCCAAUAUGCACUAAAAGAAUUGCUUGUGGAUGGUGUAGAUGUGGCCUCUGAUGGAUAUGAGAAGUUGAACUCUUCAAAAAAGCUCAAACUUCUUAAUUUUUUAUGUGAUGAAGCUCUUGGCACAGUAGAGUUAAGGAGUUGGAUUGAUGAACGAAACUCAGAAUUUGUGGAAGAAGAGAAGAAAGCGAAAGAAAAGGCUUUUGCUGAAAAAGAAAAGGAGAAGAACAAGAGGAAGAAGCUGCAGGAUGAGGUUGCCAGAGCUAUUCUCAAUAAAAAUGGUGCUCCUCUAUCCAUUUCUGAACAUGAGGCCCUUGUUGCAAACAUAAAAGCUGAAGUAGCUCAAACUCUUGCGGGGACGCUAGAAGCAACAGAUAUAGUGAUGAAGACAUCUGUUUGUGAACUCUAUUGGCUAGAGACGAUUCCGUUGGCAGGUUGGGACUCCGGCAGGUUCGUUCGGCACUCCGGUGACCCACUAGUAGCUCCCUUUGGUGCUGGGCAGUCCUCUAAUGUCUCCUAUGUGCUUGAUAUUCCUCGGGAGAUCAUUCUUUGGUGCUGGGAAUUAGCAGAGAUACAGCGAUCAGAUGCUGUUAGAUCAGAGCCCAUGCUUUUGGAUGCAAAUGGUCAAAAGUUCUGGCAAUUGAGAGGCACCUCUGGCAAAAUGGGUAUUCUGCUACAAGAUGUUGGAAAUGGAGAUCUCAUUACUUGUGAAGAAAGAUGGUUUGCUUUUGAUGUCGAAGAGAAGGCAACGGUUGAAAAAUAUAUUUCAUCUUUCAGGAUGCUUAAAAAAUGA